CUCGCCCACAGACAGGCUGAGCACACACCGAGAGGCGCCAUGCACUACCCUUGGACCGACAGCUAGCCCGCUGAAGUCCUCGACCAAGCCCGAAAUGCUCGGUUCAGGGCGCACGUUGGUGCAUUAUUUCACUGAUAAUAGGUAUGGAGAGGGAGAAGGUAUGUUAAAAUGGCGGGGUUUUGAGUCUUACUUUUCCGUCUCGCUCGCUGUAGCGUGGCAGAGACAGAGGAUCGUUUCCAAAGUUGUCGGUUAGCAGGGCGCGUGUGAAGGAUCGGACUUAAAGGCGCAGUGCACCCGUUGUAGCCGCAAACAUGGAGCAGAGCGAUUUGGACCGAGACCAGCAGUACUGUGAACUUUGUGGGAAAAUGGAGAACCUCCUCAAGUGUGGUAGGUGCCGGAGCUCCUUUUACUGCAGCAAGGAGCACCAGAAACAGCACUGGAAGAAACACAAGCUCAUUUGCAAGGAGACGGACAAGGCGCAGCUUCCCAAACAGAAGCCCGAGCAGCAGCAUCCGCCGUCGGGGGACGACAAGGCACCGGAGAAAUACCGGGAAAAGAUCAUUCCCGAGCAGGUGGAAAGCGAAUCUAUACCUCAAACCACAAACACAGACGCACCGGGGGACGACGACGCGCCGAGAGAGGACCGGUCCAACAACCCCGCCACACCUAACGGACAGACGAGCUCAUCCCCUCAGAAACUUGCCAUUGAGUACAUCGUCCCGUGCAUGAACAAGCACGGCAUCUGUGUGGUGGACAACUUUUUAGGAGCCGAAACUGGUCCCGGCAUAUUGGAUAAUGUCCAAGCGCUGCACAAAACGGGCAAGUUCACAGACGGACAGCUGGUCAGUCAAAAAAGCGACUCCACUAAAGACAUACGAGGGGACAAAAUCACGUGGAUAGAGGGGAGGGAGGCCGGUUGCGAGAAGAUCCGCAUUUUAAUGAGUCGCAUGGACGACCUGAUACGACAUUGUAACGGCAAACUGGGGAACUACAAAAUAAAUGGAAGGACAAAAGCAAUGGUGGCGUGUUACCCUGGAAAGGGUACAGGAUACGUCCGCCAUGUGGAUAACCCCAACGGCGAUGGGCGGUGUGUCACAUGCAUAUAUUACCUUAAUAAAGAUUGGACUGCCAAGGAACACGGUGGCCUUCUUCGAAUCUUCCCUGAAGGAAAGGCACAGUUUGCUGACAUAGAGCCCCGAUUUGACCGUCUGCUGCUGUUCUGGUCUGACAGACGGAACCCUCACGAGGUUCAGCCCGCCUUCGCCACCAGGUAUGCUAUCACGGUGUGGUAUUUUGACGCAGAUGAGCGAGCAAGAGCUAAAGAAAAAUACUUAACGGGAGAAAAAGGAGAAAAGGUUGAACUUGGCAAACCAUCAGAUCCCAGCUAGUGGGCAGCCUGCAUCCCCUACAAACAGCCUUUAAGUGCUCUGUCUUCAGAAAGUGGCCUAUAGAGAGCAUGUGUGUGUGUGUGUUUUACAUGGCAAAGCAGCAGACUUUUUGCGUGAAUGGAUGGAAGAUCCACUCUUAUGGAGACAAAACAAACACAAACAGUGGAAUCUGUUCGUUUUCAGCAAACCGGGGAAACCCAGAGGACCUUGAAUGUCAUGACAUUGUACUGAAAGGGAUUGUGUGUCUAGUUUUUUCCCCUUUCACCUCUUUGGUGAAAUGAAAUGCUCGCUGGUGGAGAGCACUCACGUUACAGCUGACAUUUUCAGAAAAUCACCAGGAAUUAAACUUCUCCCAGAGAAUCUACAGCUUUUGCAUAUUGGUUUUUGCAGUCAAUUCCUUAAAGGUACAGUGUUCUGCAUAUGCUUAAUGUGUUAUGCUUUUCACAUGGAAUCAGCUGUUUUAAGCUACUGUAUUGCUAAAUGUACUUGAGGUUGCAAUAAUAUGAGGAAUGAUCUGAAUUAAAAACAUCCUUUUUCUGACAGAAA